UUCAAAAAACUUUUUGACAGGUGUCAUUUUCGAUAAUAUUUUGGGGCGAGAACGCAAUUUCCAAAAGAAAUGAAUUUUUUGUGAAUUUCCCCUGCAUUUUGCUAGUUAAUUAGUGUGCCUAAGUAUUCGGGGAGAAUGGAGAAACUAGUGUGGUGUUCAAUAAUUAUCCUAGGUUAUCUGUGUGCCAGGGUGGAGUGCAACUGUACAAUUCCGCUAAUUCUGCGAGGAUCGUGGUUCUCAUGGGAAGUCGGGAAGCCCACGCUGACGGUUCUGGAUGCCACGACAAUGUCCAAGCGGGGAUUGUGCGUGAAUAUGAUGAAGGAUGAGGAUAACAAUUACCAGCUGAUCUUUAAGGAUCGCGAGGGAUGCUAUCACUGCUUGAAGGCUCUCCCGCGGACGCUGAAUGUCUUCGAGAAGGUGGAAUCUCCGUGCGUGAAUCUCCAGCCUGGGGAGGAGCCCACCAUUGAGCGUGUCUGUGAGGGUAUCAAUGCAGAGCAGCAACUGAUAACGCUCUUCAAUGAGAACUACAUCCCCAUCAAUUGUCGUUCCUCCCUCGAGGGCGUGUGGCAGUUUGCCUAUCAGAAUCGUUUCCGUUUCACGGGUGAAUGUGACAAUCCCGAUGCCCAGAUAAAGUCCUGCCAGACAGCAGGAACGCAAUUCUUGAUCACCAAUCAGAAGUUCAACAUAACCUACAAGGAGUGCAAGGGGAUGACGGGAACUUUCAACGGGGUGGUGGAGUACAGCUGCUUGGGGGAUUGGUUUGUGGGGAAGAAUCACUACUUUGCCGUGGCCAAUACGAAGGAAAGUCGAAAGGAUGAGAAGUACAGGUGCUUCCUGAAGAAUCGUGACGAUGAUCUGUACAUCGGCGUGUCAAUAACAGCUGAAUGCAACACCCUCAAAACAGUCGAGAAGUCUCCGGAAAGAAUGCGAAUUACCCCCGUGAAGGCCGAAGUUGUCCUUCCGGGAUGUCGUUUGCCGCAAAACUUUAGCGGAGAUUGGAUCAAUACGGCCAAUAUUGAUGCAGAUGUCUUCAUCAAUGAGACUCACAUCAUUGAGACGUACUACCCGGACAAGGCGCGAUACCGCAGAACAAUCUACGUUUGUCGUGAGCAGAGGGAUACGCGCGUGAUGAUGGCUCGUCUCACUGUGGAUGGUUGCCAGAAGGAUUACGUCUGCUUUGACUUUGUGCCGCGACAUCACAACAUUAUCCGCUACAGAAGGGGCGUCGCCGUCAUCAUUGACGACUUCAGUACAGUCUGCUCGUGGGUGCAGUUCAAGAAUAGAGUUCAGUGGCGAUACGAUCUCUUCCUCUCCAAAAAUCCCGUGCCAGUGCGUUGUCCCGUUGCGGGAAAAUUCAACUUCACCCAACGCGGAGAACAUCCCUUUGUCACGCGAAUCUUGGGCGGUGUGACCCUCAGUCCGCGUCCGGACAUUCACUGCAAGCAGAACAUUUCGGAUUUAUCCGUUUGCGAUACGGAUCAGAAGGAAAUGGCUGUGGAUGAGAAUUAUUGCCUCUCUGUGGAUCAUUUGGGGCGUCCGGUGGACAUUUAUUCGGAUCCGGAUUACAAAAUGAAGUGCAUUGGCUUCUUCAAGGAGAACCUCAAGUCCUACCUCAUCACCUACGACGACCUGGAUCCGUUGUCCAAGUACCGCUGCUGGGUGUACCAGCGCGCCGAUCUCAAUCGUGUCCUCAUGUCUCAGGCUGUGGGUGCCUUCUGUGACAUCCGGCAGGAUGUGACGUCGUGGAAUUACACGGAGGGCGCCGUGGUGGCCAUCGAUGCGACGGAGUACGAGCGUGAGCGUGAUCAGUGUCCGAUGCACUUUGACGAUGGCGAAGAUCCGUGGAUGAAUUCCGAGAAUUACGUCAAAAUCUUCGACUGGGACUUCUACAAGAGCACCUCCCCUGCACUUCAUGUUUCCACCCUCCUAAUUGUAGCUCUAGCGGCCUUUCUAGCGCACUAAAAUCCUUCCUGCAAAACUCAUUCGUGUACUCCGGAAAGGGAGAGAAAUCUCCCUUCAACAAAAUAGAAUUAAAUCUCAGAGAAUCUCAAGAAUUUCAUUCUAAUUGUACAAUGUAGAAUGAAGAAUUUUGGUGGCCGUGCUGCCAGAUUUUUUUUAAGAACGUUAAGAACAAGAAAAGACAGAAGGAUCAAGCUCAAGCGUCAAAUCCGUCCAUAUUACAUUCCGUCCAUUUAUUCUUGAGCUAUUAGAUGUGAAUUUUUUUUAUAUACAAAAAAAAAAGAAAUCUCUUUAGAAUAUUAUUAAUUAACAAUUUGUAUGUAGAUUGUACAAAAGUUCGUCAAAAUUCAAUAAAGAUUAUUGUCGAAAGAA